GUUUCCAGCAAGUCUAUAAAAUGUGAUAACAACAUGUUUGUUCUCUUUCUCAUGAAUUGAUUGUUGGCAAAGGAGACUUUUAGAGGGAGCAAAACAUUAUCGCCAGCAAUGUCGUCCACAACCACAACAACAACAACAACAACAACAACAUCUAUCCGGCUCGAGCCUCUGAGCAUCCCAACCACAAACAUCAGCAGCAACACCGCCCGUCAAAGAGGCAGUGCACACCCGGGUACGGCGUCUGCUCCGCUCGAUCCGAUACUCGAGGCGUCCCGGCAGGCCGACAGCCAAGUGCCGGAAGGCGGCUAUGGCUGGGUGGUGGCGGGAUGCUGCUUUGUGCUCUCUUUCUGGAUCGUCGGCAUCACGUACAGCUGGGGCGUGAUGCAGGCAGUGCUCACGGAGCGGGGCCUCGCCUCGCCGUCGACGCUGUCCUUUGCGGGGUCCCUCGCGCCGAGCCUCAUCUCGGCCAUGGCGGUGAUCAACGCGCAGGUGUUUCGAAAGAUCGGCGCGAGGUGGAUGGCCGCCAGCGGCAUAGGGCUGCUGGGCGUGGGCAUGAUCCUCGCCGGGUUCGCCAUCGACAGCGUGCCGGGCCUGUUCAUGACCAACGGCGUCAUCGUCGGCCUGGGCAUGGGCAUGUGCUUCUCCACCUCGGCCACCAUGCCCGCCCAAUACUUUAGCCGCCGCCGCGGGCUCGCCAACGGCAUCGUGUUUUCCGGCGGCGGCUUCGGCGGCGCCGCCCUCAGCGUCGUCUCAGACAAGCUCAUCCAGCGUCUGGGUCCGGCCUGGACCUACCGCACCAUCGGCCUCUGCAUCCUGGCCACCGGCCUACCCGCCGCCUUUCUCAUCAGGGAGCGCGCCGAGGCCAAGACGGCCAGGAAGACCGGCCUCGGCAACAGCAGCAGCAGCGCCCGCGGAAUGGUGGAGUGGGCGCUCUUCAAGGACCCGGCCUUUGUGUUCCUCUUUGCCGCCAGCGCCAUCGGCACCUUUCCCCUGCUCGUGCCGCCGUUUUUCAUUCCGCUCUACGCGCAGCGGGGUCUCGGCCUGGCCUCGGCCACGGGUGCUGGCCUGCUCGCCGGCUUCAACUUGACCUCGGCCGUCGGUAGGAUCGCGAGCGGGAUCCUCUGCGACAAGCUUGGCGCCGUCAACACCCUCUUCAGCAGCUUCGUCAUUGGCGCCAUCAGCAUGCUGGUGCUGUGGCCGGCCUCGACCAGCUUGGCUCCGCUAGCCGUGUUUGUGGUCGUCAACGGCGUGGCCAACGGUGCCUUUUUCUCGACCAUGCCGACCGUCGCGGGCAACGUUUUUGGGUCGGCGAGGGUGGGUGUCGCCAUGGGCAUGCUCGUCACUGGCUGGGGUGGAGGCUAUCUGAUGGGCGCCCCCAUCGCAGGACACCUUCUCGACGCUUAUGGCGGCUCCGAAAAUGGCCUCCAGGCCUACAGACCGGCCAUGUUCUAUGCAGGAUCCCUGACCCUCGCAUCUGGUACCUUUACCGCUUUGAUGCGCUACCGGCUGACAAAGGCCUGGCUGGCCAAGAUAUAACUAAAUUAGUUCUAGGGUUGUAUCGUAAAGACCUAACUUGCCAGUGGUCAAACAACAAACGGACAGAACAGCUGAACUGGCUGAACUGGCUGAGAAAAUUAUGUAACACUAUAGAAUAUAAUAAGCACACAUUGCGAACACUGACACAUACGACCAUACCCACUGGAAUAUACGGGAUCCCGUCCGCUCUCCCCUAGUCAAACCAGUGAGGGCAGAA